GUUAACCAUUGUUUCGGUGAGCGCUAAUGUCCGUGACUUUACCGAAGUGGGUGUGGGUGCGCCGCUAACAAUGCAGUUCGCACGGGCGACCGAAUAUAUCCUCUCAUAACCGGACGGCGCCCAUUCCAUCCCCGGUUCGUCUCGUUAUUUGAUUCACGCCAAGCCGUCCUGCUAAGCUAGCUAAAGCUACGUUUAGCUAGCGCCGCUUUUCCUAACGUCAGUGGUGGACACUCUUCUCUCGCGCCCACGUCAUUCAACGCAAGAUAAGAGAGCAGAGGAGACAGGGUGUUUUAGAUGGCAGUUGUCCCUGCCUCGAUGGCGGAGAGCAUCAUCAUUCUUGAUGAUGAUGAAGAGGAGAGACCCCAGCCCUCUUUGUCUGCUGCCACUUUUUCCUGUCAGCGUCCAGCCAAUCACAUCUCGCUGCUCAAAGCCCAGCAGCCUACCCCCACCCACAUCCCUCAAUCUCCUUUUGCCUCCUCAAAGGACAGACAUGUUCUACAAGCAGAGAACCAGAGGUUGUUCACUGAGUUCAUAGAGUACUGCACACCCCUUACCCAGGACUGCCCAGAGGUCCUGACCUUCCUCCACACGAAGCACUCCAAGGCCUCCACCGACUUCCUGUCAUCCGUGGAGUUCCGCAACACCUUGGGCCGUUGCCUGACACGAGCCCAGGCCAACCGCAGCAAAACCUUUGUCUACAUCAACGAUCUGUGCACCACGCUCAGGCAGCAUGCUGCCAAGAGGAGGCAGGCCCUCACAAAGUCACAGCUCAGGCCAUGUACCCCAGCCUCACCCUCAGCCCUCUCCCCAUCUCCUUUGGCCUCUACCUCUGUAUUGCUUAAAUGCAAGGAGGAUGAGGGAAAUGGGGUGAAAAGGGAAGAGGUGAGCAUAGCCGAGGAUGAACAGCCCUCCACCUCAGGGCUGCAGGAGGACAGGGAGGAGAGAGAAGAGGCCAAGGAAGAGGAUGGGGUGGAGAAAAAGGCCAAGAGAGCAUCCAGGAAACAGAUAGCAUACCUAGAGAACCUGCUGAAGAUGUACAAUGAUGAGAUCUGCCGUCUGCAGGAGAAGGAGCUGAGUUUGGUUGACCUCGAGGCCGAAGACUCCGGAUACAUUCAAGAACACAAGCUCAAACGCAAGAUGAUGAAGAUCUACGACAAGCUGUGUGAGCUGAAGGGCUGCAGCACCUUAACAGGGAGGGUCAUUGAACAGAGGAUCCCCUUCAACAGCACCCGUUAUCCUGAGAUCAACAAAAGGAUUGAGCGUUUCAUCAACAGUCCUGAGGCUCACCAGAACCCUCCGGACUACCCAGACAUCCUGCAGCAGGUCCGGAGAGUCAACGAGCGCUACAAGCUGUCCCUGAGCCGCAGACAGCUGAACCAGAUUGCCCAGGAGGUCUUCAGAGAGACGGGGAGCCGCCUGCAGGAGAGACGCCACCUUGACCUGGUUUACAACUUCGGCUCGCACCUCACAGACUCCUACAAUCCAGCCAUGGACCCGGCCCUGUCAGACUCCUCUCUGAAUCGUAAGCUGCGGGCCAACAGGGAGGUGGCACUCUCCAGCCUGGAAGAGGUCAUCAGCAAGUACUCCUUCAAGCAGGAGGACACGGAGGAACAAGAGAGGACUAAACGGCUGGAGAGAGACAGGCUGGAGAAUGAGAAAUCAGAGACAGAGGGAGACGAAUCAAAGGAGAACGGGAAGGUGAAAGAGGAGCCAGAGGAGGGUGAAGAGGAUGAUGAUGAUGAGGAAGAUGAGGUUUCGUCUGACCCAGACAUAGAGGAAGAGAUCCAGGCCAGCAAACAGCAGGCUGGCCCAGAUGAUGCUGAGGAAGAAGAGGAUGACAGCAAUGAGGCAGAACAAGCCAGCAUGGAGAUGGGGCCUGAGCUACCACAGAGCGUUGGUGGAGAGGGAGGAAGAGUACAGAGUGAUGAGGAAGGUGAGAAAGAACCAGUGACAAGUGGCUUCAGUUUCACUGCCAAGCCAGGAAUCUCCCCAUUGUCUGAAAGCUCCUCCCCUAGGGACAGCCCCAGUCAAUCCCAGCCCAUAGAAAAUGAUAAAGAGGAGCAUUCACCCAACGGGGACCUUGCAGGGAAUGAGGAAGCUGUGGCUUCCUCUGAACACGAGCCAGCUGUGCCGGUGAGCAUGAGUGAGCUCACUCAGUGUGCCACAGACAUCUCACUAGUGGCAGCCAAUCACGUUUCUUUUCCGCCAUCACCAGUCAUGAUCCUAGCCAAUCACGACUCCACGCCGUUAACUUAUGACACACAGUCUGCCGAUGGCAGGUCGCUUACCAGAAGCAGGAAGAGGAGGAGGGAGGAUAUGACACCAGAAAAGUCCGAUGACGUCGAACAAACCAUCAUUCAUGAUAGCGAUGUCGACAUCCCUUUCGACUUGGGUGUGGUGAGCAGCAGUCCUCCCCUGCAAGUUGAGUCCACCAGAGCAGACACCCCCACCCAGGACCUGGUCACCAGCUCACAGUCCACUCCACCCCCCAAGAAAAACAAGGUCAACGUGGCCACACAGUGUGAACCGGACGAGAUUAUAGUACUGUCUGACUCAGAUUGACCCUCCGGUCCGGAAUGAUUAUUCUUGGACUAUCCUCCUAAAAGCAGCCUGUAAUGAAAGAUGCCCGUAACUAUUGGCUUCUGGGUGUGGAGUGUUAUCAGACCGCCCUUUUUUGUGUUGUUUUUCAGAAAUUAACAGAUUCGGAAGUGCUUCUAUGAAUCCAAAAUAAAACGUGUUGGACAGAAUGACAAAUUAUAACCCUCCGUUUAUCCAUUAUCCAAGCUUUGAUAAAACCACAGCAGCCCCAAAUUCCAAAUGAGCAAGAGUUUAACAAUACAAAGAAAAUGAAUUAUUAUUAAACCUUAUUGUGAUUUUAAAUUUUUAUGACGUCAUUGUGUUUGGCAUCAGUACAAACCCAAGUGUACGAGUGUAAAAUUGAAAAUGUAAAUAGAACAGGAACUCUUAUCUGCCAGCCUAAAGGGAGAAGGGUGACAAGGGCAAGGAGGGUUUCAGGGAGACUUGAAUCCCAGGAAACCUUUCGUAGCACGUGGGAGGAUCACUCUAUUCCCCCCAGUUCACCCCCCGAACAGGCGCCCCGACCGACCAGAGGAGGCGCUAGGGCAGUGACCAGGACACAUAGCCACAUCCGCCUUCCCACCCACAGACACAGCCAAUUGUGUCUUUAGGGACGCCUGACCAAGCCAGAGGUAACACGGGGAUUCAAACCAGCGAUCCCCGUGUUGGUAGGCAACUGAACAGACCGCCAUGCCACCUGGACACCCAGUUUCCUUGUUUUUUGUUCUUCUUUUUUUUUGGUGCCAAAAAGUUGACCAAACUUUGGAGCGACAGUGACGAUCAACUAACUGCCUACCAGUAUGUAGUGUGUCUGGAUAUCCGGUCUACAAAUGCAACACUUGUGAUGCUUGGACUAACAGUUUGCUAGCUCAAAGUAGCUUGUCUGAAUGUAGCGCGGCAAAGUGAUUGCACCAUAAGCACAGAGUAUAGAAUAACUUUACCUUCUCUUGGGGAUUUGUUUCCUUGAACUCCUGUUGUAGAUUUUUCUUGUAGUCGGGUUUUGGUAAAUACAAGAGCUCCUCUAUUUCUGCCACAAAACCAAACCAGUGCCUGAAAAUGUGAAUGGUUGCGUGGAAGCAAGAGAGUGCUGGGAUGUGGGCAUUUGCUUAAACUUGUGGCUUGGCGGUGAUUGUGGUAAAUCACUGUCAGUGUGUUUACAUUUAAAUUGUCACAUUUAAAUAUUUAGAUUUCUUCCUUUUUAUUUUUCUAAAAGGAAAAACGGGAUUAAAUUGCUGUUGUGGAGCAUUUUGGAAUGAUAUAGGUCAGGGGCGGUUAACCGUGUGCU